AAACGGCGAUAACGGGGGAAACGGAGCCGGCCGGAGCGCAGCCCCACCACCGCGCCAUGUAAGGCAGCGGUGGCCGCGCGGCCCCUCAGCGGGCGCGGGGGCGGGGCGCGGCCCUGGCCGGACGGCGCGUGCCGCCUAUGGGCGCUAGCGGCGGGCGGGCGGUGCCGCGCGCCCGCCAGUGGCCGUGCGGGGUGGGCGGAGCCGCUGCAACGGCUGCGGUUGCUGACAACACCCGCGGCUGCUCCCGCGCGCCCCGGACGGAGCCCGGCCAGCCUCGCCAGACCUGCCGCCUUCCACAGCCGGGCACAAUGGCUGACAAAUCGUCAAGACCAAACUCCAAUGAGGGAGCUACGGCAGGAGAAGUAAGUGCUCUGGAAGAGGCUUUUAGAAAAUUUGCCAUCCAUGGUGAUACGAGAGCCACAGGAAAAGAAAUGCAUGGGAAGAACUGGUCAAAGCUAUGUAAGGACUGCCAUAUCAUAGAUGGCAAGAAUGUGACAACCACAGAUGUUGACAUUGUCUUCAGUAAAAUCAAGGGAAAGUCUGUAAGAACUAUUACUUUUGAGCAGUUUAAGGAAGCUCUUCAAGAACUCUCGAAGAAGCGAUUUAAAGACAAAAGUGAUGAGGAAGCACUUCAAGAAAUGUAUAAACUAAUUGAAGGAAAAGGCCCAGGUUUAACUGGAGUAACGAAAACCGUUGCAUCUCCAACUGUUUCACGCCUUACAGAUACUUCAAAAUUCACAGGUUCUCACAAAGAGAGAUUUGAUGCCAGUGGGAAAGGAAAAGGCAAAGCUGGCCGAGAAGAUCUGGUGGAUAACUCAGGAUAUGUAUCUGGUUAUAAGCAUGCAGGCACAUAUGAUCAUAAAGUACAAGGAAACAACUCCAAAGAUAAUUAAAAACAGCACAGCUUCCCAGGGGAAACAGAAUCUAGUUUUCUUCCCUGAUGCUACUGUGAGCACAAGACAACAUUUCCAAGGAAAAGGAAAUAAAGCUAUCUUCACAAAAACAUUUGUGUAUACUGUCAAUUUGUAAGUGGGAUUUGUGUGUACCUUUGAAUACGUGUGAAUUAAUCAAGUCAUAUCCUCAUAGGACAGUAAUAUAAAAGCUUAAGUGCAAAAUAAAAUACUGUUUUGUAUUUUCUGAGUUUUACUUUGAUCCCUACUUCUAAACAACUUUAGUGUGAACUUAUUUUAUAUUUCCAAACUACAGUCCAAACUGACAGAAAUUUGAUAUUUUACAGAAGCCAGAGAAGCCCAAAACAAGAGCCUUUCAAUUUAGAUGAGCAUCAAGUUAGAAGAGAAACAAGACUGAAUUACAAAUUCAGUUCUCCUUUAAUAUUUGCAUUCAUAAGCCUGAGACUGUGAUGUGUCAAGAUGACCUGAUCUAAAAGCUCACAUACCCUGAAAGAGAAGGAGAUGACAAUCCUUUUCCCCUUUUUUUUCAUUCUCUUUUUCAUGCUUGCAAUCAGAAGUUGCCAAUGCAUAUGUUUUUUACCUUGCACAAAGUCCUGUGUUCUCUGGAUUCCUCUGUGAGCUUGUGUCAACUUGCCAGAAAACAAGUCGAUCAAGAAAAAGAAGACUCUCUACUCUGAUAGAUUAGUGAACUGAACUGACUUGAAGAGUUGUCUGAUGACUGCCAGAGGGAAAGCAAGGGAAUGUGCAGGACUAUGUGACUAGGAGUCACAUAUCAGGAAGUGAGGUAGGAUCUCUGCCAUAACAUGGAGGAUACAAGAAAAAGCUAUCCUUUGCUCCAUCAGCAAGGCAUUAAUUUAAUUCCAUUUUUUUUCAUGAAAAUAUUCUCGUUGUUACAAACCUGGAAAAAUAGUGAGGGAUUUUUUUUUUUUGUAUUACCAUUGCAAAAACCUAUAAAAAGUAGAAGUAAAACAAAAAAGUUUCCUUUUCAUUACAAAAAAAAAAUCCUAGUGUAAUGCAUGACAACCAGCUUUUAAAGCAGCAUGUGAAACCUAAGUGCUAUUUCUCCUUUGCCACUUCAGUCACUUGUUCAAGUUUUCACACCAUUUUCUACAUUAUAUCUUUUGAAUAUGUCAGGUUUUACAUCACUACAGUUAACCAAACUGGAAAGCUGACCCAGUUGAAAAAUAACCAACUGGGGUAUUUUUUUGGUGUUCAAAUACAUAUAUAUGAAUUCUUUUAGAUUUAUUUCAGCAUUCAGCCAUACAAAUGUCUUAGUGUUUGUGAUAGGGAAGCAGCAGAUAUAUUUGUUUUGGCAAUACUACUGCUCAGCUUCGGUUCACAUAUAGACUUACUUGGUAUCCCACCUGAGUCAGAAGAACAUCAAAAGCAGUAAUAUACUGAUGCCAUUUUUUCAAUAAAAAUACUUAAGUUAGCUAAAAUAAGUCUAGAACUGAAACUGAUGCCUUUUACUUGGUCCUAAAAAUUAAGAGUCAGACAUGGUUAUGGGGUAAAGGGUUUCUACUUUGGUAUUUAAUAAGGAUCUUUAUGGUGCACCACGUUGCAAGGUGGACUGUGUCAAAAUGCACACCCCUGGUAGAUCAUGUAUACAAUUUUAUAGACCUUGCAAAUUAGCAUAUCUAAUAAAGAUGCCUCAAUGAGAGGCUUAAAUGAAUAGUGUGAUAUCUCCCCAUCCCAAAGAAUUCCCCCCCUGGGGAGGCCUAAUCCUAAUUUACAGGAUGCGUUCUAAAGGGGACCUUGGUUUCUCAACAUACUGCAGGGCUUUCUGGUCUGCCACUGUGAGGCCUCUGAGAUGUUUGGUCUUCUGGCCUAACAGAAUACCAGGACUGUGCUAAGUUACCAGACUUAAGGAAUUACCAGUAUGCAUGUUAAGAGUACUGAGGAUACAUAAAAGGUAUAUGAAAGGUAUUUAAAAGAAAGGCAAAAAAUCAUCAUGGCACCAAAACAACUAUUCAGGAUCUGCAUGUGAAGCACCUGGGAUUCCCAUGAUGCUGCCAAGAAUUCUGUGAUUUGCUCUGUUAGAGUUCCUGUGAAAUCGCAGUUGCUAUUAAAGAGAAGUUCCUUCAAAUGUUGUCAGUUCAACAUGCAAAGGCAAUAUGUUCUUUUGCAUACUCGCCCACUAAUGCAAUACAGUCUUUGUGAAAGAAAAAAAGUUUGAAAUACUUCUCCAAGCUCUAAGUCUACUUCACUCAGACUACUGCCAAAGGUUGGAUUGUGCCGGUUGCUUAUUUUGAAAUAGACUAAAUCCAUGCAUGCAUUCUAAAGUGCCUUCAGAAUAGCUACAGGAAAAUAUGUUUUAGAUGCUGAUGAUCAAGUACAGUUACCACCUCAACAUGAAACCUACUUCUUAAGAUACAUGUCUCAGGAAUCACUACCUUAUUUACAGUUAUAUGUUGUAACUGGAAUUGGGCACUGAAAGUCCUUCAUUUCAAAAAUUUAUCUAUUGCAGUGUUGCUCUGCACAGCUGUCCUAACACUGUCCUAACCUUGUCUUCCAUAGGCUUUCAAGACUUGGUGUGUGUUGGUUACAUCUUUCUUAACCCUAGUUGUUAAGAAAACUCCAACCAACCGUCAUUGCCUCCAAACUAACCAAUGCAUCAUGAGAGAGAUCUAGGGAUUUCAGGUGACUAAUUUGUUUCAAAGAAUUUCAAAAAUGAGUCAUUUUCUCCUUUCAGAAAGGAGCAAGGAUGGCACAUCACCUACUUCAGAGCAAAAGGGCAGGCUGGGUGGGGGCAUGACAGGGAACAUCCAUAACCUUCGCCUAUUUAUAAGAAAGGCAGGUGAUAUCUUCUAUACAUUUUAAUACUUAAUUGGAUUAAUACAAAAUGCAUGAUGAAGCUAUUCUGCAGUAUAUCAAGAAUUGGGUAUGAAACAAAAACAGGAAACUUUAAUUUCUUAUUGCUGCUUGAGGGGCUUUUUUGGUCUUUUUUGAUGGUAGAACUAGUAAUAUUAAUUAUAUGGUAACCAUUGCAAAAGGAUGCUAGAAAGAACUAUUACAUCUUUCAAAUGCCACUUAAUAUAAAGCCACCCCUUGCUCAAUACCCUCUGCUGUCUUGGGUUGAAAAAUGUAACCAAAAAUGGGUAUUCUAUUUUCACCUGUUGAAACCGGUUGGGAGAUAUUGUUCGUUAUCUCUUGUAACUCUAGGGGGGAAGAGGGCGGAUGCCUUCUGUUAAUAGGACAACUGAUAACACAAGCUAAGGCAGUGGCUUCUUAUCUCUUCCUCCACCCACCCUGCUCAGAGGGAUAUUACCUGUGAAUGGGCCAUUUAAGGCCUCUCACAGGACUGAUAACAUUACCUCAUUCCAUUGUGAGAUGCUCCACCCAGUGGGAGGAGCCAAAGCCUUUCCACCGAGAUAAAACCAGCAAUCCCAAACACCAAGCAGCCUGUUUUCCACUGAUUUCUCGGAGGCAGACCAGGCCCAUCUCACCAGUACUGGGCCCUUUUUCUUACAGGAUCAUCUCUACUUCACAGAAAAACAUCUGUUACUCCAGGAAGACUUAUUUGGACUGCUUCCAACACCCUGACAACAGGGUGUCAGGUCGUAUCUCUGACUCUGUCUAAGACUUCUAUUUGUUUGCUUGUUUUGUUGUUUUUUGGUUUGUGUGGGGUUUUUUUUGUACUACUGCAUUUGUAUUUGUACUAUUGCAAUUUUAAUAUUUCUAGUAAAGAACUGUUAUUCCUAUUCCCAUAUUUUUGCCUGAAAGCUCCUAAUUGCAAAAUUGUAAUAAUUUGGAGGGAGGGGGUUUUUACAUUCUCCAUUCCAAGGGAAACUGCAGUUUCCCCUGACAGAUACCUGUCUUUCCAAACCAAGACAUCUGCUCUCCAGGAUAAAAUAACCUCUAUGCUUCCAACUUUUCCUGGAAAACAAAUAUUUAUAGCAGCUGCAUAUUAUGCAAAUUAAAUUGCUGUCAUACAGGGAGAACACACAUCAGGUACACAGAUCUGUGUUUGAUCUUCCUUAGGAAAGAAGCUACAGAACAAUAAACACUCAGUUUCUAAAUAUAUAAGGGUUUUGCCCACAAAGAACAUUUUAGGUUUUUGUUUUUUGGUUUUUUUGGUUUUGUUUUUUUUUUUUGAGAUAAUUUGUGAGGGAGAGAGUGGAUUGUGUGUUCCCUGGGUUUUGUGGUACUCUUGGGCCUAUCUCUGCUGAAAACUAUGACAGUAUUUCUGUAGGAACAACUGUAAAGAAAAGGUAUUAAUACAGUAUAGGGGGCAUCUAGCCAGGACACAAGAAGCAAAGUAUGUUUUUCUAAACUGGGAACUCCUUCUCUCAGUCUGUGUAUCAGACAUUACCUUUACCCCACCCGUGAUUUAACUGUGCAUGUAACAUUUUCUUUUGUGACAAAUUUAUAAGCCUUAAUGUGCUUAGUUUCCAUAUCUGAGAAUGCUGUUUCCAAGUACCCUAGGAUGUUAGAGCAUUACAUUAUUUUUGAAAACUUUCUGUUUUCAAGCACUGAAUUAUGAAAAACACUUUGUAUUUCACAUUACUCAAGGUUCAAGAAACAAUUCAAAAUUUACUGAAGUAUGCCAAAGUCACAUAUGCAUUAUGUUAGCUCUUAAAUGCAGCUGCAUCCGGGGCUGCAUCAAAAGCGGUGUGGCCAGCAGAUAAAAGAAAGGUGAUUUACAUGCUUUGCUCUGGCAAGAUCCCACCUGGAGUGCUGCAUCCAGCUCUGGGGUCCCCAGCACUGAAAAGACAUGGACCUGUUGGAAUGAUUCCAGAGAAAUGAAAAAAUUAUUCUUCACCUCGGAAGAAAGACUGAGACAGUUGGGGUUGUUCAGGUGGAGAAUAGAGGACUCCCGGGAGUGUUUUGUAGUCCUUCUGUACUUGAAGGGGACUUAUAAGAAAAAUGGGGAGAGACUUUUUAGCAGGGCCUUCUGUGAUAGGAAAAGGGGUACAGUUUUAAACUAAAAGAGGGUGGGUUCAGAAUACAUAUAAGCAAGACUUUUUCAUCAUGAGGGUGAUGAAACACUGGAAUAGGUUGACCAGAAAGGUGGUAGGUGUCCCAUCCCUGGGAACAUUCAGGGCCAGGUUUGGGCAGGGCUCUGAGCAACCUGGUUAAGUUGAAGACAUCCCUGUUUUUUGCAGGGGAUUGGACUAGAUGAGCUUUAAAGGUCAUCCUUUAAGGGCCUAACCAUAACCAUUCUGUGAUUCUAUGAUCUAUAAUCUGCUAAUAGAGGUAAAAGGUUACUAAUGUCAGCUCAGCCGAAACAACAGCUGCUGCCACUACCUGCAAACAGAUGAAAAGAGAAUGGGAACUAAUGGAGACUUGUAUGCAGGAAUUCCAAGCUUUCUGACAUAUUUAAAGGAGAAAGAUAAGGCAACCUGAGGUUUUUUACCCAUAGCAUACAGUUGGCAAUUUUUAAAUCCUUCUUCUCCUAUAUCAACCUUCCUUCCAGGUAUGUCUUCCUGUUCUUCCUUUAUUCUACAUUGACUAAAUCAACUUUCAUGGAAUAACAGACAACAAAACCAGAAUUAUGCAAAAACUUUUUGCUGGAUUACCAAAUUAAAUUGUAAUACUGCACAAGAUAAUAAACACCAGAGAUGGUGUAAAGUAGAAGGAUACAGCACUAGAAAUUAGGAAAAGAGGAGCAAGAGCAAUGAGGAAAGACAAAAAAAACAAAACACCCCCGUAUAUCUACUACCUUUUAAUUAACCAUAUUAAGAAAUCAAAUUUAAGACCAUGUUUCUUCUCUCUUAUGUGAUAUACGUAAAUAUGAGUAAGAAGUUACACAUUCUGAUUUGGUAGAGAUUUAUAUCCCUUGAGCACACAAAACAAAUGGUCACCUAAAAUUCAAGAUGACACGGUGUAGCAGGAACAGGAUGACUUAUAGGGCAGAGCUAUCCCAGCUGGGCCUCUGACCAGGCCUCAGGCCUGGGCCUACUAGGCCGUAGACGUUCAGCAUACGUAGUAGCAGAUAAACUUAUCUGCUACUAGGAAUGUGUUAAGGUAUGGACACUUACAGCAUGGAAGUAAUGGCACUAAAUCUUCGUAGCUACCUUAAACUGCAAUAGUUUACAUACUUCUGUAUUCUCACUGCCUAUCACAGUGCACCUGCUAACUGUAAACGACUCUCUCUGUAUAUAACCCGCCAUAUCAGGGAAUAAACGGGAGUACGUGCUGGAACACCACAUUGGUCUGGUCUCACGUAGCUCUAGCCCCCGGUCUUUCUAGAGCUCGGCUUCAACAUGGGACUUAAUUAAUCAGCAAACUAUAGCUAUUCUGGUGUAUUGUGUACACAGCAGCUAAAAAAUCAGUGUUCUUGUGGUGUGUUUGGGAUUUUUCCCUGAUGACUCUUGACCAACAAAACACUAUCUGCAUUUUCUUCUGCUUAGGAGCACGUUUUACUUGCUGCAUUUUUAGGCAAAACACAGAACAGUGCUUGUUAUAAAUGCUCGGCCAAUUUUCAAAUUAAUAAAAUAAUUUUUAUUAAUUUAAGAAAAUAUAGAACAAAAUUUUAAACAUACCAGCAAUGAAAAGGACAAUGUCGAUAGACCCGGGAUCAGCACUGGGUGAAUGCCUGUCACAGUCUCAGGGUGAUCCCCCCUCUGUUCACAAAUCCCACCCGCUUCAAGUUUCCUUAUAUAUUCCUUCAAUAUGUUGUCCGAGAAAUGUGUCUUCCUUUGAUGUGGUGUCUGAGGUUCGUGUAAACAUCCAAUGAUUGACUCCUCAGCAGUUCUUGUUGCCAGACAAAGAAAUGGCUCCCUCCUUAAUGGCGGUGAUUAGCGUCAUCUCUCCACCUAGCUACACCUUUGUCCUUUCUGAAAAGUAACUUUACAAGCCUGGGCUAGCCCAUUUCAGCGCAAAACCCUUGCUUAUAAGUUAACUGUGUGAAAAAUGUGAAAUGAUUAAUUCAUGUUCUUAUGGUAAACUGGAAAACUAUAAAACUGUAUAAAUUUGUAUCAGGUAAAAGUCUAUGUUUUAGGAGACCUUGCAGCAGAUGGUGAAACUAACAACCCUGAAAAAGCAGGCACCUCCAUUCAAAAAGGAACAAAGGACUUUUCCGGGAAAGCCUGCAGCCUUCUCAAGUACCCGGAGGAGACCUAUUGAGAUAAGGUGGUACAGCAACUCACACCUUGGUUGCCCUUUCACAGAUCAUCAAGCAACAUCAUCCAUAUCUCGAUCAUUCAUCAACCAUAAGGACCUAUAGAAAUUGGACAUUAACAUUUGAACUGAGAAAAGAACUCUUUUCUGCUUGGUUGGGGAAACUCUCAAAUUUGUAUAGCUAGCUGGGAAACAAUGGGAAAUAUAGGGAAAUGUUGCCGAGGGCGGAAUAAAGUGUAUAAAAACCAAGCCCCGAACGGGGCUAAUUUGUGAACCGUUGGGGGAGAUAGCAGGCUGCCAGACCCUGUAUCUCACGGUUCACCCUUAGCAUUUUCCCGGGAAAACUCUGUCAAGUUUCUCUGCUGUUGGGGGGUUUUUGAAAUUCUGUGACUUGAUCUUUAUUAAUAAACCAAAUUAUUAUUUUAAUUGGAAUAUCGUAUUGGCAUUUAUAACAGUUUUGGCGCCCUUAGCGGGGCCAGUUUUGGAAAUUCUGUGGACCCCCAUAUCUGACUGGGAGGCGCCCCGCUGUAAAAAGCGGCCCGGCAGAUCAGGAUAAGUCCAGCAGAACCUACUGGCUAAACGAACCCAAAAACCACCACAGCGGAGGGGUAAAAAGGACAAGCCAGCUUGGGUGGGCUCAGGAACUCAGCAGGGAAGGGUCCCUGGUAAACGCGGUUUUGUUUCACUCAUAAAAAUCUACAUGCACGAAGAAUCCACAGGAAAAGAGGAUCGUAAGUAUCGUGUGGUUGAGUGGGGUGACCUAGCGAACAAGAACAUGUGUGCGUGUGUGUGUGAAAGAGACGUGAUAUUAUCACGAAGUGAGAGCGGAUCUUGAGAUCACGGUUCCGUCGUCCCGCGAGGGGCACGGCCAAUCAACCAGGAAGCGAGUGGAUUUGUGAGAUUUGUGUGAGUGUCUCCGGACGGGGAGGUUGGUGAUCACCAGGAGUCUUCAAGGAAAGAGGACGUCUCAGUAGAGUUUGGGAACUAGUAAGCCUUCUUGACUGCGACCUUAGGGUUGGUUAAUUUUUUCGGUGGCGGUUGUCGAGCCUGCCAUUAAACGAACCUCCCCAGAACGGUCCUCUGGUGGACUACUAAGUUAACGGCACCGAGUUUGGAAAGACUCAGGAUAUAAUUUGUGUGUGUCGACCCAUCAAAACUUCUGCGCCACAGGAAGGAUGGGGUUGAAUCUUGAGGAUUCUGUAAGGGAAACCUCAGUGGGGGCUGCUCUUGAAAUCCCCCGGAAAAGCCCACUGGGAGAAAUAUUACAGGGAUGGCAACAAUGCCCAAUUAGGAGAAGGGCAUCUAAAGAUCAGAUGAUCUAUCUAUGAAUGAAUGUUUGGGGAGAGAAGGAAAUACAGAAAAAUCUCAUAUAGCCUGUGUUUGGGACUUUUGACGAAUGGGCAUGGGAAGCUCUGUGGGACUAUGUAUCUAGGAAGAAAAGGAGAGAAUUUGAGGAAUUAACAUAUGUCUUGUUAUGGUACUGGGUAUGGGUAAAGCUGUAUUCUGACAAAAAGGAUAUACUGGAUAAGUUGGACUACAGGAAAAGCCUCUUUCACGGCUCGGUGGCCAAAGCGCUGUCUAUCCCAACCCCCGCCUCCUCCUCGGCCUCCUCGGUGACAGCAUUAGCGACGUCAUCCAAGACCCAUGCGGAACCACGAGCUCCGCGGCCGCCCCCCUCCUCUCGCCCAAGGGGAUUCCCGAGAGAGAACCCGGUCCCCACUUCUGGUCCUCACCUCGAACCCCAGCUACCGACGCUAAACUAUGGAGAGAAAGGAAGGAAGGGUAAGAAAAAGGAAGGGGGAAGGUAUAAUUUAAAUAAUUAUACACCAGGUAGAGCCCUAGCUGAAACCUGGAUCCCCGAGGACAAUUUAGGACCCAAGGGAGAUUCGGGAUGGGACAGUUGGUGCAGCGGCGGGAGCGACCCAGGAAGAAAGAUGGAAAAAAGAACAGUUAAGCUAGACAGUGGAGCUAAACAGAAAUUACCUAAAGUAAAUUGGAAUGUGCUGGAGAGAAACUGGUGAUGUUGGGACGCGUACAAGCCAGAAUGGGAAAUUUCUCGCAAGCCCGCUAAAAGAGAAAAAGACAGGAAAAGGAUUUAAAAGGAAGCUUGCUAACUCUUUUUUUUGGUAGUGGUAGAUCUUUGUAUUUCAGGCUGGACACUUUUUUUAGAAGUUCCCUAGGAAUUGUGCAGGUUUUGUUUCAGGUAAGAUCGGUGGAGUUUCUUGGUUUCUUCUUUGUUAACACGAGAAAGGAAACAACCCCCCCCACGCAGUGAGGCGAGUGCGGUUGCUAGGAGAUAGAAGCGGCGGGGUUUUUUUCUCUUUGCGGCGGCAGGACAGGCGGCGGUUCUCUGUCUAGGACGGAGUAGAGCCGCUCAGAACAGGAAUAGCGAUGUGAGGAUCUGAACGAGAGUAGUAUCUAAAAGAUGGAAUGGAUAAAAGACUGGGAAAGAGGAAUCAAGAAUAAAACUGAUUCAUUGGAAAGGGUAUUAGGAGGGGUUUUUUUGGCUAGGUGUUUUUGUGAAUUCUGCCGCGACUUACAUAGAAUUGAUGGAAAAAUUUUAAAAGGGUUUUUUCUUUUCUCCUUUCUCUUCUUUCUCUUUUCCGCCUCUGAGUUAAUUGGAUGAGAGGGGGUGCUGAAUGUCUGGAUAAGAAUUGAAAAGAGGUCAGGGAAUUAGUACAAUUAGUAUAAAUAAAUUAUGGGGUUUUGGAACCCGAGGUUAAUAGGCGAUACACAGAUGCUAAAUUACUGAAUAUAUUUCGUCUUUGUGGGGGAAUAGGGAAAAGGUAACAUUGAUUUGAAGGAUACAAGGAAUGCUUCUGAAUAUAGAUAUGAAAGCUUGCUUUGUGGAUAGAAAGUUGUAUUUAUGUGUGGAAAAUAUCCAUGUGUCUGUUUAAGGUUUUUUUCUCUUAAUUACCUGCUUACUAUACGUGAAGAUUUCAUGCAAACUAAAAUAUGUUGAUAGUGUGAUAGGUGUGACUCGUGGGUUUGAAAUGAUUGCUGCAGUUUGAAAUUAAGUGUUUGAUUUGAACAUGAAAUGGGAAUGUGGUGUUUUGUUGAGUUGAGUGAGCUAUCCACUAAGUGUAUUUUCUUGAUAUUGGGGCAUGGGGGCAGUGGUGUCUGGGUUGGAGCUGCUUGUGGCAGUUGGGAGGCUAGAAAUUAAAACUCUAGUGGUAAGUUUUAUGAUUCAGUUCUUGGAUCGGAGUGGUGGCGUGGUGCAGUGGUCCAGAGGACUAAUAACAGUUACGCCUACUGGACAGGAGCUGAGAACUAAGGGGUUUUUUUUUCUUUUCUUUUUCUUCUUUCUUCUUCUUUCCUUCCUCUCGAGUAUUAAUCUCUGUAGAGGGAAACGGGACUUGAAGUUUUUUACCCAAGCCACAUCUGGGCAUGAAAGAUCUUUCUGCUUAAUUGAACUGGCUAUGAUUUCUCUCCGUUAAUAGUUGGGAAUUUUUUUCUCUGCAAUCUUUAUUUUUGUGUGUUUGUUUGGUAGAAACAGGGAUUUUUCCUUCCUAGUUGCUGAUUUCUUGGAGGGGAUGGUUGAUGUUGUCCCUCUGAUGUUGUGUCUUUUUGCUUGCCCCUCGGUUUGGAGGGUGCAGGCCUUGGAGCUGUUCUGAUGCUUGUGUUUCUGAAUGGCGAAUAAUUGACUUGUGAAGAGCGGCUUCUGUGUUGUGUGGCUGGCGGUUGCCUGUAGUUCUUCAGGCCAAGUUUCUGGGUGUAAUGGUGCACGGAGGUGGAUGAGAGGUGUAGGAGUGGUGUGUUUUAUCUAAAGCAAAUGGUAACAGGUUAGCUGAAGUUUGGUUGUUAGUAAAAGCUAAGUUUGUGGAAGCUCUUUGUGAUACCAGUAUCUGCAUUGGGAAAGGCUGUCUAGCUAAUAGGGCCUGAGUUUUAAGGUGACUCUUAGCCUUGGAAAGCUUUCAAGUAUUUUGAUGCAUGUUACAGAUGAAUCAGCCUUGCUGUUUUAUCCGCUUCCUAUGAUAAAAGCUGAAGAAGCUCAGACCCUCAACAAAGUUACAACCCUGAUGCUCCUUGUCCAAAUCCUUCUGUUUCAAGUUAGUCUCAAAGUACAGAUGUGAGAAGUGUCUGAGACGAGGCCAUCUCUAUGUUGCUGCCAGUGUUGGUUUUCUUGCAUCUAUAUAUCUUGAGUAUAUUCUUUAAGUGGUGAAGGAAUAGAUUCUGUUAUUUGUGAUAUCAUUUUCUUCUAUUUGGUAUGCCUUGUUCUUUUUUCUAUGUCUUGUUGAAAUACUCCCCCAGAAUUAUGGGUGAGGUCUUAAGUUUUUUUCCUCAUUUGGAUACUAAUUUUACUUAAAAGCUAUCCUUCAUUAAGUUGUACUGCUCACUGAUUUUUAAAAUGGCUCCCUGAUGAAGUGAAUAAGUCACUUCAGCAACUGCUGUGGGUUUUGUGUCUUGCUGUGCUAAAUAGGGUUCUGCAGCUGAUCCUCUCCUUUGAUGUAUGGAGCUUGUUAAGUGUCUUCAUCAAACUAAGAUACCUUGCAUAACUACCCUAACAGCAGAGCUGAAAUGCCUGAUAGUACUUCUGGAAUUGUGUUAAUUUGCUGGUCAUUAGUUGUGGCUGCAGCAAGUGUGAGAGGCAGUUGUGAAGGCGGAUGCUUCUUGGAGGCUGAGUGAUAAGGGCCAUGGCAGGGUGCACAUCUAAAAUAGGGACAGAAGGUAGGCUCAAUGUCUCACUCAAUUUGUUUCCUUCUUUUGGCUGUGUGUACCUGAGAAUGUGUUGAGUAGGGGUCUGGAAUAUAUAAAUUUGUAGGUCAGUUAAUCAGCUGUAGUAAACUCAUUGCACUGAGACUGUAGAAAAUGAGUGAAAGUGUGUGUAACCUUAACAGCUGAUUGUCCUGGAAAUUGCUGUUGUCACGGAGCCUUGUAGGACAUUUGGUUUUAUGAAUGUUUGUCUGUAUACAAAAUCACUUUGAAUAUGCUGAAUUUGAUUCUAUAAAUAAGCCUGAAUUGUUUGUGCUUAUCUCUCCCUCUUUUUUCUUUUUUUUUAACUGAUUUUUUUUUCUUUAAAGAGCUAAAACCUGUGUUAAUGUUUUAAGAGUUAUGGGAUUUAAAGUUGUCUUAAUUGUUUACUUGCUGUAUACCAAGUGGACACUUUCAGAGCUAUUGGUGGAAUAUAAAAGGAAUUGUUUGUCUGGUUUAGUAUUAACCUCGUUCAAUAGGAGGUAAAAUUCUCUUUCUCUUAAUUUUAAUUCCUCCCUCCAUCGGUACAAAAAGAAGAUUUUUGAAUUUAGCAUUGAGUUCUUUAAAUUCUGGAUAAGGAAUUGAAUCAUUCUUGCAUGAAAAGAAGAUUUUGAGUUGUAUGGAGAAUUGUGUGAUGGCUUGUUUUUGCAUAGAGACGAUGAGUGAAUUAGGAACUAGAAAAACUCAUUCAGAUAUUCAGAUUGUCUGAAUAAUAGUCGCAGCAGAUUUUCCUCCUGAAAUGAAUUUCUGAAGAUUUUUCAAAAGUACUAUCCAAAUGUAAAUUUACGUUAUACCUAGACCUUAAUUGAUAAAUUUAAUUUGAAGCAAGCUAUGAUAAAGCUUCAGGAUGUUGAUUUAUACAAUCAAAUCGAUUCUGGUAAAAGAAGUUUUUUUUCCAUAUGACAAAGGCGUAGUCUUUGCUAACCCCUCAGUUGGAGGGUUCCCCUGUUU